AUGCACAGUUGUGUGAAAAGCUGGGAGAGGAAUUUCCACCUUCCUUCGACAAUCUUAUGGACAGGGUCAGGGCCUUCGUCCGGGGAAAAGAUACGGUCAGCAAAGCUAAGGAAACGGAUGCCACACCCCGGAGGGUCGCUCCAGCUGCAAGACCACCUGAGAAAGGUACACCCUAUUCCCGGAAACCCACCUUUGAUAGAAAUGUUGCAUGACAGGGCCAGGCCCUCAUACUCCCCCUACAGACCCCGAGGGAGAGGCCCCCCUCCUUACUCCGACAGUUUCACCCCUCUCGUUAAGACUCCAAGCGAGAUACUGGCCACGGAGAGGGUGAAGAAUUCUUUUCCAAGGCCACCCCCCAUAAAGCCAGGACCCAAAGCACAACCGAACGAAUACUGUGAGUUUCAUAAGGGCUUCGGGCACAAAACUGAUGACUGCAUGUACCUCAAGAGAGAAAUAGAGGCUGCGGUGAAAACGGGAAGACUGGCCCAUUUGGUCAAGGAAAUCAAGGAAGGGGGAGGGGAUCGUAAGGGAAGAGAUGCAAGGGAGCCUGGGAGGGCAGAUGUUGAUAUGAUUAGGAGGAGAAAUGAGUUUGACGUUACCCGAAGUGUAAAGGCCAGGAUCCUAGGCCCCCCGAACUGCAUGAAAACUCCCAUCCUUAUGCCGUACUUAGAAGAAAGUGAAGUGCAACGACUCCCGCUGAAUAUCUCAGCUGUGAUAGCUGGACACAAGGUGUCUAGAAUACAUGUGGACGGAGGGUCAGGCGUCGAGGUAAUAUACGAACACUGCUUCCUCAGAUUCGACAGGGAUAUAAGAGAUAGGCUGGAGGAAGACUCUAUCCCAUUGGUGGGAUUCAACAACAGCGUGUCACACCCCCUGGGAAAGAUCAAGCUCCCAUUUACAGUUGGUAUAGGGGAUCGGGUCCGGACGAUAAAUUUAACCUUCACAGUAGUCAGGGCACCCUCCAAGUACAACGCAAUCUUGGGAAGACCGGGGAUUGGAGAUCUGCAGGCACAAGCAUCCACUCCCCAUGGGGCUUUGGUAUUCCAAACGCCAAAGGGUCUCGCAUGGGUUAAGUUAGCCUACGAAGUGGUUUCUUCAGUAUCCAAAGGGGAGGAACCGGGGAAAUCCCAAGGAAAAAAGAUGGAAGAAUGGGUCCUCUGUGAUAAGUUCCCAGAGCAGACAGUCAAGGUGGGGAGCCACUUAAGUGACAAGUGCAAGAGUGCCCUGAAGGAAUUGCUCCUCCAUAACCUAGAUGUGUUUGCAUUUCAACACGGAGACAUGACAGGAAUUCCCAGAAGCCUGACAGAGCACCGGCUCAACACCUUCACAUGGGCAAAACCGGUGAAGCAAAAGAAGCGGAGCAUGGGACCUAACAAAAGAAGGGCUGCUUGUGAAGAGACCCGAAAGUUGCUCAGAGCGGGGAUAGUCAGAGAAGUUAAAUACCCAUCCUGGGUUGCUAACCCAGUUAUGGUUCAGAAAAAAGAUGGGGGAUGGAGGAUGUGCAUCGAUUUCCAAGACCUAAACAAAGCAUGUCCCAAAGACUGUUAUCCCCUCCCGGAGAUAGACACCCAGGUGGACUCCCUGUCCCAGUACCCGCUGAAGUGCUUCCUAGACGCCUACAAGGGAUACCACCAAAUACAGAUGUCAAUAGAAGAUGAAGAGAAAACCGCUUUUAUCACAGAUGAGGGGACAUUUUGCUAUACCAAAAUGCCCUUCGGCCUCAAGAACGCGGGGGCAACAUACCAAAGGUUUAUGAACACCUUGUUUAGGGAACAGAGGGGAAGGAAUUUAGAGGUGUACGUUGACGACAUUGUCAUCAAGAGUUUGACGGAAGCAGCCAUGAUAGACAACAUAGCCGAGACUCUCAACACAAUGCAGGAUGUAAACAUGAAGCUGAACCCUGGAAAGUGUUGUUUCGGGGUAGAGGAAGGAAACUUCUUGGGGGUAGUGGUAACUAAACGAGGGAUAAAAGCAAACCCAGAGAAAACCCAGACUGUGGCCGAAAUGCGCUCUCCCAGGUCCCUGAAGGACAUCCAGCAGUUGAACGGAAGGCUGAUAGCACUAAAUCACUUCUUAUCAAAGGUGGCUGACAAAACCCUCCCCUUCAUGAAAGUAUUAAAAGACUGCCUCCAGACCAGCAAGUUCAACUGGACCACUGAGGCCGAAGACGCCUUUCAGGAAAUAAAAACCUACAUCUGUAAGCUCCUGACAUUAGCCACCCCGGUGCCUGGAGACCCGUUGCUCCUUUACCUAUCUGCCUCGAAGACGACCAUAAGCGCGGUCAUGAUGGUGGAACGCGAGGGGAAACAGAUCCCCAUAUAUUUUAUCAGCAGGACACUUAAGGGGCCCGAGGAACGAUACAUGCUUUUAGAGAAACUUGCGUUGGCCCUGGUCUUUGCAUCUCGGAGGCUCAGGAGGUAUUUCCAAGGGCAUAAAGUCACCUUAGUAACUGAUCAACCCCUUCAGAAAGUGCUUAGAAGACCAGAACAGUCGGGACGACUGGCUAAAUGGGCUGUCCCCGAGGAUGAAGAGAGGGAGCUACUAAGGUGGGAGGCUUUGGAGGAGGAGGAAAAGAAAAGGGAAGACGAGGCUGUGUGGAAGUUGUUCACUGACGGAGCAUCCAACGAAGAAGGGAGUGGUGCAGGUAUCACGCUGGUAAGCCCCGAGGGGGUCGAGUUGACAUACACCAUAAGGUUGGAUUUCGAAAACACCAACAAUACCGCCGAGUAUGAAGCCCUCUUAGCGGGGAUGAGGCUGGCACAGAAGAUGAAAGCAAAACACGUGGAGGCUAGCACCGAUUCACAGUUGGUAGUAAAGCAGUACCAGGGGGAAUAUGAAGCCAAGGAUAGCACCAUGGCUCGAUAUGUGGCGAAAGUUAAGGAGGCAGCUAAGACAUUCAGAACCUUCAAACUAGAAUACAUCCCUCGCGGGAGGAACAGGAAGUCUGAUGCACUCAGCAAGUUAGCUUCGGUAGCGUUCGACCAUCUCGCGUAG